UGUUGCCAUAUGGAGGGUUCCCGUCCGCUGGUCCCCGGCCCGCUGUCAUCCUCCGAGCCGUCCAGCGGGUUCAAAGAAGACUGACCGCGUUUGAACCACUUGGCACUAGAGGGACCCGCAAGGGGCGCCUGCGGAAGAACGCCCCGAAGCCAACGCAUCGCUAUCGGGCGGUUAUCGCUGUUUACACGCCGGUUGAACGGCGCGGCGUAGUAAGAAACUGACAGGUAUGUCUUCGUCCGCCGCACGAGACACUGUUGUCAAAAAGAAGCAAGUUCGUUUCGCCAGCAUGGAGGACGAAAACGACGAGGACCAGGAGGAGGACACCCUGUUUGACAAGAGCAAGGACGCCGGGAGGGGGCUCAAGAGCGCACUGAAAGCGGCCAAGAGGAGCGCGAAUCCGGGAUGCGACGACAGGACGGAGGUGGUGGGCGGAGGAGCGUGCGGGCGCUGGAUGGUCACGCUCGCGCUCUGUGCAUCUUUCCUGGGCUUGGGGAUGAGCAUCUCCGUUCUUGGCCCCACAUUCGAGGACCUCGCCGUGAACGUGAAGAAGAACAUCAGCAAUAUUUCUUACAUCUUCGUGGGCCGGUCAGCUGGCUACAUCGGUGGUUCCCUCUUCGGAGGAAUUCUGUUCGACUGCAUGAACCCCCACCUCCUGCUAGGUUUUUCUAUGCUGGUCACAUCAGUGGGAAUGUUUGGGAUCCCCUUCUGUAAGCAAGCGCUGGUCCUCACUGGGCUCAUGUCCAGCAUUGGGAUGUCGAUGGGUAUUCUGGACACAGGUGGGAAUGUCCUCAUCCUGAACACGUGGGGCGAGCAGGCGGGCCCUCACAUGCAGGCGCUGCACUUUAGCUUCGCUGCCGGGGCCUUCGUGUCUCCGAUCAUAGCCAAGCUGCUGUUUGGGCCCGACGCCGACGGCAGCGCGGGAAUUGCCGUGGCGACCAACUCGACCCCUCCCGUCCCCACAGAGCAAAUCACCAAAGUCCCCGACGCACACGCGAUCAUCCGCUUCGCCCACAGCAGGAGCUCCGCCCUCAAAUCCAUGUGGGCCUACGUCGUGAUCGGCUCCUACAUCUUUCUUGUCUCCUUCCUCUUCUUCAUCCUCUACUGUCGCAGCAGCGCCUCGCUGGCCAGAGCCAGGGCGUCCCCGGGGAAGCCCCCGGUGGCCAAACACCACGUGGCCCUGAUCGCCCUGCUCUGCUGCUUCUUCUUUGGCUACGUCGGUGCCGAGGUGGCGUACGGCUCCUUCAUCUUCACCUACGCCAAGGACUACGCCAACAUGCCUCAGUCCCAGGCCGCCGGGCUGAACUCCUUGUUCUGGGCGACGUUCGCCGCCUGCAGGGGGUUGGCCAUCUUCUUUGCGUCCUGCGUGUCCCCGGGCACCAUGAUCCUGCUCAGCCUGGUGGGCUCCACCCUGUCCUCGCUGCUUCUCUGCCUCUUCAGCAAGCAGACGGUGGCCCUGUGGGUUUGCACCGGUCUGUACGGUGCCUCCAUGGCCACCACCUUCCCCAGCGGCAUCUCCUGGGUGGAACAGUACACCACGGUGACCGGCCGGACGGCAGCCGCCUUCGUGGUGGGCGCGGCAUUGGGCGAGAUGGUCCUUCCCGCUCUUGUGGGCUUCCUGAUGGGGAAGUUCCCGGGCCAGCCCCUGCUUAUGUACCUGUCUCUCACCACCGCCACCUUCACCUCCAUCCUCUUCCCGGUCAUGUGCAAGCUUGCCUCGGCCACCGGUGGCCAGAGCAGGAAGCCCCGCACCAGGGGUCGGCCCGACGCGGACGACAGCGAAUAUCGGCAGGCGCUGCUGGACUCGGGGGUCAAUGAGGAGGAGGAGGAGGAGGAAGAGGAGCAGCAGCAGCAGGACGACGACAACGAGGCCGAUCAGUGGAACGACGCAGACUUUGAGGUCAUCGAGAUGGAUGACACGGCAAGUCUCAUCCAAUCCCCCAGCAAGACUUCCAGUCCAACAGGGAGCUCUGCUGCCUCCAACCACCGGGCGACGGAGCCCGCAGGUGGAGCCUCUUUCUCCAACACCAUGUCCCUAGUGGCCGACUCCCCGAGACGCAAACUACUGCUCUCUCUGGACCGAGAGAAGCGGGACUGAAGCCUCCUCCUGUUCCGGGUGCCCUUUAUCUCUUCACUAUAAACUACGAGCUUUGGUCGAUUUUGUUGUCCAGAACCUGAAGAUUCCAAAAUUUAUGAACAGAUGAUUUACUGUGUUCUGACUUAAACAGACCGAAACCUGUGCAGUUUGUAAACCAUACCAUUGUGUCGACUGAAGUUAGUUAUCAGCGGGGCCUUUUCAAUCCGUUCUGGAUGAAGAGGAUCCGAGUUGGAGCGACGGAUUCCUUGAAAUGACGUCAUUGAUACAAUAAUUGAUUCCCCUCGAGGCUCCUGUGUUGGCCCUCCACAGUGUCAGUCACGUUGUGCUAGAAAACAGGUUGAAUUGAGUGCCUUGCUGGAGGGCACAUGAGCAGAGUGGAUGAGAUUGUCGCACUCUUCUUCUUCUUCUUCAUAACCCUGAUGGCAAAAAACCCACGUUUAUAAAUGUGCGUUAUUGCAGCGGUUUCAUCAACAGGACACGUGAUGCUUGUUGUGAGAUUUAAAUUAAAUUGGUUUUCUUGUUGCACUUUAGUAAAGAGCAGAGUUUUGUUUUUGUCAUUCUCUUCUUUAAUCAUGGAUCUCAAUCAUGUGUCAGUUAACUGAAUCAUUGACAGGCUGCAUUUUAAUACAUUGACUUUUUUAUUAUAUCAAUCUCAAACCUCGACCCACAGCAAUGUCCAUUAAAAACAAACAAAAAACA